GUUGUGUUGUUGCUUUGAGGACUAUAUAUCUCACAUUCACACCACUCCAUAUGCUGCAGUCACCAUACUUCUGGUGACUCAAAUCUUUACUUUUCAAGAACACAACACGCAGUACUGUGUGUUUUUUGUUUCUUUGAUCAAUUCUGACUUUUCUUCCUUAAUCUUUUCAUUCCCAUUUUUCUUAGAGGUUAAUUAAGGAUUUGAAGAUCUGUGUGUGAGAUCGAAUUGAAGUGAUGGAGAUGAUGGAGUGUUGUGUCCCUCCUGGUUUCAGAUUUCACCCAACUGAGGAAGAGCUUGUGGGUUAUUAUCUAAACAGGAAGGUUAACUCCUUGAAGAUUGAUCUUGAUGUUAUAACUGAUGUUGAUCUCUAUAGAAUUGAGCCAUGGGACAUUCAAGAAAGAUGCAAACUGGGGUACGAGGAGCAAAACGAGUGGUACUUCUUCAGCCACAAAGACCGGAAGUACCCGACCGGAACCCGGACAAAUCGGGCGACGGCGGCCGGAUUCUGGAAGGCCACCGGAAGAGACAAGGCGGUGAUGUCUCAGGAAAAGAUGAUCGGAAUGAGGAAAACGCUUGUGUUCUACCGAGGUAGAGCUCCCAACGGCAAGAAAACUCACUGGAUUAUGCAUGAAUAUCGUCUUCAAUCUUCUGAACAUGCACCCCCUCAGGAAGAAGGAUGGGUAGUAUGUCGAGCAUUCAAGAAACCAAUCCCAAACAACAACAAACCAGCAGGCUAUGAACCUUGGAACAACAACAUUAACCAUUCUUCUAAUUACUACGUUAGAGAUAACAACAACAACAACAACAACAAUUGUUCUUACAUGCCCACCACAACAACAACCUUAAACGCAUCGAACAACAACACUCCCAUUCAUCAUCACCAAUCUUCUGUCAUCAACGCCGCAACAUUCAACCACCAAUUAGGAACCAAUUUCCCGCAAUACCCUUUCACGCCGCCGCCGCAGCAUCACCACCUCAGCCACGGCGGCGGAUACGAUCAGAUCAAUCAGCAGCUAGUCGAGCUCCCGCAGCUGGACAGCCCCACCGUCUCAACCAAAGACGGUGGCGGCGCAACGGCAAGCGAAGAUCACGAGGAUGUCGUUGACAGGAAUAGCUACGGCGGCGAUCAUAGUUGGAAGGACUUGGAUUAUAAGAUGAUUGCGCCGGCGCCGGCGCCGGCGCAAGGGGUGAUGAUGAAUGACGACCAUCCAGUUUUGCCGUCUUAUUCAUUCGCUAAUAUGCCAUUACUCAUACGUGACGAUGAUCGUAAUCACUUCAGCCAUCUCCUCGAGUGCUUCCCGGAUUUAUAGCUCCGGAUAUACAUAGCUCAAAAUUUUUAAGUUUUAAUUUUCUUUCUCGUGAAUAACAAUCCUCAUUCGAAACAAGUUAAUCAAAAGAGGUCUUUUUAUUUUUGAAAUUUUCGUUCACUUUUUGGGUGAUCGGAAAUACAUGAUUCUUUAGUGUUGGGGAAAUGGUGUUGUAGGAGGAUGACUGAAGAAAAAAAUGGCUACAAAGCCUGGUAGGAUUGGCUUCAAUGUUUCAUAUCUACCAUUUGACUGUUUGUUUUUUAUUGUAUACUCUACAAAUUAAAUGUGAAUUUAUAUAUGUUGCUUGA